GGGAAAUGGUCAGAACGCUCUGAUGCUCCGUAGGAGCGCCUCGGUCUGGUCUGUUUAUUUUUAUCAUUACUCGUCGUUGUCGUGGUCGUUGUUGUUGUCGUUGUUGUCGUAAACAAGAAAAACGUCAUUGUUAUUCGUCGUCGUCCUCGUCCUCGUUGUAAUUAUUGUUUUACCGUUGUUGUUAUUGUUGUUAUUGUUAUGAUGAUGAUGAUGAUGAUGAUGAUGAUGAUGAUGAUGAUGAUGAUAAUGAUGAUGAUAAGACGGUGAACUUUCGUGUGAGAAAUUUUUAUUUCUCGCGUUAUAAAUACUUCGUACAAGAUUGAAUAAUACCAAAAGGAAAAUAAGUGUGUUAUCGUGCAUUUAUUGUGUUACAAGGAAUUGAGAAGGGGGGGUGGGUGGGAGGGAGGGACGGAAGGAAAGAGACAGUGUACUCGUUUAAAGGAGUAAAGAAUGGAAAAUUACGAACAAAAAAAUUAAAAAGAUAAGAAACAAAAAGUACUGUUAAAACGAUCAAUUGGAUAAGUGUUUAUUAAUCGUAAUUAAAAGAAUAAGGAAAAAAAAUCAAAAAACAAAAACAAAAAGGAGACACCAAAAAAAGGAAAAAAUCUUCACGUUUCGGAUUAGAAAUUCUUUCGAUUAUCGAGUGAGUUGAGUAAAAGAAGAAGGGGGGAGAAAAAAAGAAGAUUAUUAUGGUUAACAUGGAAGCUUCAAACGAACAGCACACGGUGACAGCAUCGCCACCACCGCGAGCUGCCCUUAAAAGUAGUUUCAGUAUUAGGAGUAUAUUACCGGAAGCUUGUACCGGAGGUAACACUACUCCAGUACCGUCGGCGAUUCAAUCGAUAUCAUCUGACGCUUCACACGCCGAUGAUAGCGAUGAUUCCAGUGAUUUGGAUGUAACCGGUGAUGGUACAGAGACACCACCACCAUUGGACUGUUCAAGAAAUUCAUCUAAAGCGAAUCAUAACUAUCCGACGGAUGAUCAACAUGAUAUUACAAAAGAAGAACAACAUCAGCAACAACAGCAGCAACAGCAACAGCAGCAGCAACAACAACAGAACGAGGUUAAAAAAAAAACGGAGAAACCACCAUACAGUUACAAUGCAUUGAUAAUGAUGGCUAUACGUGAAAGCCCGGAAAAACGUUUGACUCUUAACGGGAUAUACGAAUACAUAAUGAGGAAUUUUCCUUAUUACGAGAACAAUAAACAAGGUUGGCAAAAUUCUAUCCGUCAUAAUUUAUCAUUGAACAAAUGUUUCGUAAAAGUGCCAAGGCAUUACGACGACCCCGGUAAGGGUAAUUAUUGGAUGUUGGAUCCAAGUUCCGAGGAUGUAUUUAUAGGUGGUACAACUGGUAAAUUAAGAAGAAGAUCAUCAGCUGCAUCAAGGUCACGUUUAGCAGCAUUCAAAAGAAGUGUAGUACUUGGUGGAUUAUAUCCAAGUCCUUAUGGUCCACCAGGUUGGCCAGCGUCGCUCUAUACAUUACCUUAUCAUUUACAUCGUGCCGCGGCUGCUGGUUAUCCAACGGCUACAGCGGCGGCAUAUUCAACUACACCAGCCGGUUAUCCCAGUAGCCUUUUACCAGGUUCAGCGACAAAUCCUUCUUCAACAACUACGAAUGGUUUACCUUGUAAACCACAGGCUGUACCAGCAACCGCCGCACCACCGGCACAUGGUGCAUUCUCUAUGGAAAGGUUACUACAAACACCAACCGCCGGUUAUCCAACCGGGAUUACCGCACCACCUGGUAUUCCAGGUUCAGGUAAUCCCUAUGACUUUUAUACCACACUAAGAUCGUUGGCUGCACAUCAACAACAUCAACAACAGGCAGCCGCUGUCGCGGUUUUCAAUCAACAAACGAGGUAUCAAGUCAAUCAACCGUCGGUGGUAUUGAGCCAACCGACAUCGAAUACGGGUUCCCCGGGUAGCAGUCCUGAACCAAUGUCACCGCACUCACCACCAGUUACAAUCUGUGGUAAUACGAUGGUACAGCAAGGAUCGAGACCGAUUCCUCAUAGUCCACCUCAAUUGUUGUUAAAACCUAUCACCGUUUUAACCGGAAGACAAAGCUGAAUUAUUUUACGUAUAUGAAUACACAUCAUAUACAUAUACACGUACAUAUAUAAAUAUAUAUAUAUACAUAUAUUUUUCCUCACGGAAAAUGAUUUCGUAUCUAUCCAUUUUAUCGUUUGUGCGCUCUUAUCUUCUUCUUUUUUCGGGAAAAUAAUUUCGCACCUUACCACCUAUCAUUUUUCGUGCACGGAUUAUCUCUUUUCUCUCUCUCUCUCUCUCUCUCUCUCUCUCUCUUUUUUCUUUUUUUUUCUUUCUUUCUUAAUUUUGUUUUUCAUCAAAUUUACCUUUUUUUUUUUCUUUCAACGAAAAGAAGAUUACGGUAUCGCUCUCUUCUCGCGCAUCUCCACACUUUUCAUUUCUUUCGUUUCUUCUUUUUCUUUUUGGAUUAUUCUUUUUUAAUCCUUCCUCUCUCUCUCUCUCUCUCUCUCUCUCUCUCUCUCUCUCUCUCUCUCUCUCUCUCUCUCUCUCUCUUUGUUCCCUAUCCUAUCUAUUUUAUGUUAUUUUGUUUUGUUUUAAUUUAAAUCAUCGAGUCAUACGUACCUGUAAAUACGAAUUGUAAUAUAUACAUAUGUAGUAUAUGUAAAAGUUUUCGUUUAUUCGCUCUUUUUUUUUCUUUCUUUCUUUCUCUUUUACAUAGGCAUAGGAUAAAAAAAAGAAAAGAACCUUGACGAGAUUAUUUUCUAUCGAGACAGUCAUUAUAAUGCAAAUAUGUAUUAGUAGAGUAAUAUAAUAUUUGUAAAUAGAUAUACAUAUAUAUAUAUAUAUAUAUAUAUUUAUAUAUAUAUAUAUUAAUUAUUAUUAUUAUUAUUAUAUAAAAGUAGUCAUUAAGUUCGAGAUAUCUCGUUACCAAUUUCAUUUAGUCUAACUUCGAUCGACGAAUUAAAAAUAUCUGAUGAUAGUGUCGACAAAAAAAAAAAAAGAAAACAAAUUCGUCAAUCCUGUUAUAGAUAUAUGCAUAUAUAUAUAUAUAUAUAUAUAUA